CUUUGUACUGACACCUACUUCCUCAAAGGUACGUUGACCUGCAGUCCUUUUACUCAUGCAGUGACUGGAUCAAAGAAGCAAGAUGUUUGGGAAAUGUCCUCGCCGUUUAGCACAAAAACUUGUUGGUUCUCGGGGCAGUGGCUACGUCCUUGUUGCGCUGAUUCUUCUAGCUGUGGUGGGAUUGAGUCAAGGUUGGAGGGGAGGUGACUAUUGGACCUCGAGGUAUAGUGGACAAGGCGUCAGCUACGAAAAUUGGAUCGGCUUCUGGUCCCACGACUCGUCGUACCCGGCAUACAGGCACCACUAUCAGACAUACCGGUCAGCCUACUACAGGUAUCCACACUGCGGGGCCUGCUACUGCAACACUACAGGCAGCACAGUGUCCUGUUCGUCUGCAUCCUCAGUGAGCCUGAGGGGGAUCUCUUACCGGUUUAACCUGACCAAGACUACCUUCUUGCCUACCGUUACCUCUAUAGCCAUCUAUAACUCCGGACUUUAUUACAGUGAAGAUGGAGCCUUUGACCUGUUGUCAAGUCUGGGAAGUUUGACGCUCCAUGCAACAAAUCUACUAAACUUUCCUGACGUCUCUCUCUGCACUGUGCUGACGAGACUGGAUCUCAGUCGUAACAAAAUCACAUUUCCGGUCGGGGUGGACCCAGGCCGACUACUUCCGGACAAUCUCACUCAUCUGGCACUCAUGGAAAACAACAUUAGCUGGAUUCCGAAAGGAUUUUUCUCUCACAGAAAGUUACAAUUUCUGGGUCUCAGUAACAACAAGAUUAAGCAGAUUCCAGCGAACGCGAUCGAACACAUGAGCGACCUACUGUUCUUAUCACUUGAUGGGAACGAACUGACAUCGUUGUCAUGGAGAACUUUAAACACUUUGGAGACAUCUAAUGUCACACAUCUAAACUUCAGCAACAACCAGAUCAGCUACGUGGGAGGCAAAGCAUUUCAUCAGCUGAGAAGCUUGAAAAUAUUAGAACUGCACAACAACAAGAUUUCUACUAUCAACUGGCAGGCGUUCUACGAUUUACCAAAUCUUCUACAUCUAGACCUUAAUCGGAACAACUUGGAAAAGCUACCGGGUCAUGCUUUCGUGGACCUACCAGAACUGCGAACUCUUGUUCUUCACAGUCAGACCAGCGGCAUGACUACAAUGUCGUAUGAGGCGUUUCACAACGUUUCCAACCUUGAAACUCUGUUCAUCAGCAGCAAUGCGUUCACAACUUUUCCACACCCAGCGCUAUCUGAAGAGAACUGGCCAAACCUGAAAUACGUGCAUGCAGAUAACAACGAUAUCACCAACAUAUCUGCAUAUUCCAUUGAUGCAUUUGAGCAUCUCUCAUGGAGAAUCCACAGAGACAAAGAGAAACUGUUCUCUCCGUUUGCCACAAUGAGGGCGGUAUUAACACUAUAUCUCCAUAACAACCAGAUCAUUGGAAUACGCCAGGGGGUCCUUUGUCCCCUAACCAGCCUGGAAUACCUGGACAUGCAGUCAAACAACAUACAAGAGGACACUUUGGACGUCGGUGCCUUCGAUUGUCUCAUCAGCUUAAAGACAAUAAACCUUGACUACAACCAGAUACAACUUGUGCCAAUGGCAAAUGACACGAACUCAUUUCCGCCUAGUAUACAAACCAUAUAUCUGCGGAACAAUGAAUUGAAAUCCGUGGUUCCCGGAUCUUUUACAAAUCUCCCAGCCCUCUCAUCUAUCUACAUGGACAAUAACAAGCUGACAUCCCUUGUAUCCGGAACUUUCACUGACCUUCCGUCACUGACAACACUGUACAUUACCAGUAACCACAUCAUUUCCAUAGAGAACAAGACAUUCCCUCUUCAAAUUCAAUAUCUGUACCUCAGCAACAAUAGGUACUUUGACUUUCGUCAUCACAACCCUUUCAACAAUCUCACUCGGCUGCGCAGUUUGUAUCUUGCCGGAAAUGACAUCACGGAUGUGCCCGACACAGCUUUCCACGGACUGGAGGAACUCACUCAUUUAGAUGUCCAAAGUAAUCGUUUGGGGUGGUUGAAGAAAGUUGCCCUGCAAGACCUCCACAGUCUGCAGCACCUAGAUAUGCAGAACAAUGACAUCGGUCAAAUAGAAGAAGGAACAAUUGAUCAGCUGACAUCACACAUAAAAGCAAUAUACUUCAACGGGAAUGAUUUGACGGAGCUUCACCCUGGAGGAGAGUUCCACAACAUCACUGCGAGUGGACCCAUAAACUUUUACGGCAACCGCAUAUCUUCUUUGCGAAGUGAAACGUUCAAGCAGAUCAGUGGCGUCACCGACCUGGAUCUUCGUAACAACGAUAUUUCUAUCAUCGAAGCCAAUUCAUUCCAUGACGUUUCUGCAGGAUUCAUACGACUGGACAACAAUCCAACAAAACGGGUGGAAUCGUUUGCUUUCAACGAUGUGAGGAUGGCGUAUGACUUGUCCCUGCCAAGUGCACAUUUUAACACCAUACCAUCCUUUGCGUUCAACCAAGUCUCUGGACGUCAUAUGUACUUACACGGAGGAUCAGUUGCUGUUAUCGAGUCUAAUGCAUUCUACACAGUUCGUCUGUCUGGAGAUAUGAAUCUUCAAAGUAAUAACAUAUCUGUCAUAAAGGAAAAUGGAUUCUACAAGGUCUCUUGCAGAUACCUACACCUGCACAACAACCCCCUGACAACAUUGCGGCCUUUUGCCUUCGAAGACUUAAGAACCUCACAUGACUUCGUAAUGCACACCACCAAGCUCGAGGACAUCCCUUCUUCAGCAUUCAACGGGGUGUCUGCACGGAACUUAUACUUAUACAACAGCCCCGUGACAACUUUGGCAUCUUUCUCCUUUAACAACACCAGGGUCAGCAACCACUUCUCAAUGCACAGCUGUCAAAUUGAGACAAUCAUGUCCCAAGCAUUUAAUGAUGUUACAGCAGGGACUCUAUCGCUGUACAACAAUCCAGUAACGAGAACAUUGGAUUCUCUCGCCUUCACCAACAUUAGAGUCACGGAUGACUUCUUGAUGCACAGCUGUGCAUUUUCGUCGAUUGCUUCUCGCACGUUCAAUGAUGUCUCUGCAAGGAAUCUGAUGUUGUACGGAAACUCUAAGCUGACGGCAAUCGCAGAAGAAGCAUUUUCGUCGGUGAAUGUCUGGAGUAGUCUGGAGGGUCACGGUACGCUUGACUUGUCAAACUGUGCCAUCAAGGUCAUCGUAGGCAAGAUGUUUACAUCGGGCUCAAGAGUUAAAAACCUCAUCAUUCGGAACAACCAACUUCGCUAUAUCGGUUCAAGGGCAUUUGAAGAGGUGGAGCUAUUAACCAUUGACAUCAGUAACAACCUACUGGUCAGCAUUCCUAAGGGAUGUUUUCAACUACAGCCCACAGUACAAAAGAUGGACCUGACAAACAACACAAUUUCUUUCAUUGGUAAUGGUGCUUUCGACAACUUGCUGUCCCUUGAGCAUUUGUUGUUAGGUGAGAAUGAUCUACAAGUGUUCUACAAGCUACCAGAUCUUCCCCGUCUAGAAACAGUGGACAUUUCCAACAACAAAAUUCAGUUUGUGGAGGAGAAUGCUUUCGACAUACUAGCUACGAAUGAAACGUACUUGUAUUUGACUGGAAAUCAGCUAGCCUGCAGCUGCUCAUUCUAUAACACAAUGAGCAUCCUGAACACGACAAUAUUCGGGGGAACAUGCUCAACACCCGAACAACUCAUCAACAUAACAUUUGAGAGCUUCGACACAUCCAACAAAUACUUUGCCAACGUUGAUUCCUCAAAAUUUCUCUGUGCUCCAAGCAAUGUACAGGCGUCUGCAGCAAGCAAUAGAGAAAUCAGCCUGUCAUGGGACCUCGUACCAACUUUGGAGAACAUCCAGCCAAGCGUUCAGCAAACAAAUGCCACCAUGGCAGGCUCCAACGAAACUGGCACCAACACAACGACUUAUAACCAGACAAUGAUCAACACAACAAUGGUCAACGAGACAGUCAGCAACGCAACGGAUUUCAACCAAACAGAAACAGACCUGACAAAUGUCAGCAUUAGCAAUACCACAAACCUCAACCAAAAUGAAGCUAACAUCACAGGCGUCAAUAACACUGGAUUUAAUCGGACUCAAACAAAUGAAAGUAGCGUCAUUGAUGAUGAGCAACCAGAUCAAGUCGACUACCCGUAAGUGGCUUGUUUUCUAAAUGAAGAGAA